CAUAUUUUCCCCAAUCUCAUUAUCCUUCAUACAUCUCAAGUCUCAUCGCUUACCUCUUGUCUCUAUCCCACCUUCUUUCUCUCUCCUAAACCAUUGACCGUUUUCUCUCUACAUCCGCCAUGAAAGAACCUUCAACACCUCCAGAAAACCACGACCUACUCAACUACUCUACUCAACUACUUACCUCUCUUCUCGAAACACAUCUCCCUCUAAUCUACCAUUUCAAAACUAAAUGGUCUUCAAUCCGAACUAAACUUACUUCACUCCAAUCUCACCUCGCCGACCUCGCUGACUCUUCUCAUUCUCUCUCCUCCAACUCUCUCUCUAUCUCCGUUCUUUCGUCUCUCUCAUCAGCACUUUCCGACGCCAUAUCCCUCGCCGGGAAAUGCUCCGACGUUAACUCACUUCCCGACGGGAAACUACGUACUCAAAGUGAUAUUGAUUCUCUUUGUUCUAAACUCGAUAGGAUAAAUAAAGAUUGUGAGAUCUUGCUUCGUAGUGGAGUUCUUGUUGGAGAUAGUGCUGUUGUUGUUUCGAAGGAGAAUAAUUCGGUGAAAGAGGUUUAUAGAAUUGAAGUUAGGAAUUUAUUGACUCGGCUUCAGAUUGGUACUACUGAGUCGAAGAACUUGGCGAUGGACUCACUUUUAGGGUUACUUAAUGAAGAUGAUAAAAAUGUUUUGAGGGCUGUUGAUCAAGGGGUUGUUCCUGCUCUCGUGCGUUUACUUGAUUCUACUUCGCCGGAAAUGAGAGAGAAAAUCGUUGCUGCGAUUGCUAGGGUUUCGAGGGUUGAUAGUUGUAAAAAUUUGUUAAUUGCUGAGGGUUUAUUGUUGUUGAAUCAAUUAAUUAGAGUGAUUGAAUCUGGAAGUGGCUCUGCGAAAGAGAAAGCGUGUGCUGUACUUGAAGCGUUGAGUUUUUCAAAGGAAAACGCGAGAGCAAUCGGUUGUAGAGGCGGAAUCUCGUCGUUAUUAGAAAUUUGUCAUGGCGGAACUCCCAGUUCUCAAGCUAUGGCAGCGGGUGUUUUGAGGAAUUUAGCUCAAUUUGAAGAAAUUAAAGAGAAUUUCGUGGAAGAAAAUGCGAUUCCCGUGUUGUUUGCCUUGUCGGACACUGGUACAACACUGGCUCGGGAGAACGCGAUCGGAUGUUUGUCAAAUUUGGUGUAUAACGAUGAAACAUUGAAGGUGUUGGUUGCUAGAGAAGGCGGAGUUGAGAGUUUGAAGAAUUAUUGGGAUUCCACUUCAAUAGGCAGGGGUUUAGAGCCUGCUGUUGAAUUUUUAAGGAAUUUAGCAUCUUAUCAUCCAAUCGGUGAAGUCUUGAUUUUUGAGGGAUUUCCAUUAAGGUUAUUGCCAUUGUUGAAUUGUGGGGUUUUAGCAGUAAGAAUUGCAGCUGCUGGAGCAGUUUAUGAAUUGGGAUUUUGCUCAAAAGCAAGGAGAGAAAUGGGCGAAUGUGGGUGUGUUUCUGCCCUUGUGAGAAUGUUGGAUGGGAAAGCCAUUGAAGAAAGAGAAGCAGCUGCCAAAGCACUGUCGAAUUUAUUAGUCUGUACCUUUAAUAGGAAGAUAUUCAGGAAGGAAGAGAGGGGGAUAGUGAGUACAGUUCAAUUGUUGGAUCCAUUCUCUAAGAAUUUUGAUAAGAAAUGGCCAAUUGCAGUUUUGGCUACUCUGGUAAGCUCUAAGAAGUGCAGAAAACAAAUGGUUGGUGCUGGAGUUUGUGUAUACUUACUAAAGCUCGGUGAGCUCAAAGUUGAGGGUGCAAAGAAGCUUCUUGAUAGUUUAGACCGAGGUAAACUAUGGGGCGUUUUCCCCCGGUCAUGAUGAUCAGAUUGAAUCAGAAAAACUGGGUACUUUUUUCUUUAUGUAUAAUUCUUUUGAGCUGUUUUUUUGUGCGUGCUUGUCUGGCUUACCGGUUAAUUUUCUACUAAUUUCUUGUUCAUAUUUGUUAGAGAACUUGUGACAGGAGAAAGGCCAAUUGUGAGUAAUAAUAGUUGUAGGUUAUCUAAUUGUUCGAUGACAUCUUUGCUUGUAGAUCUUUGGUGAUGACACAAACCUGGAUUGAUUUUGUAUCUUUUAAACCUCUUAAUAAAGAAACAAUCUCUGUUUCUUCAAUUUGGGAAAUGAACAAUGAAUGUAACAGAAGUUUAUUAUUUCAGGUAUAAAUUUUA